UCCCGCCCCCAAGAUGACGGCGCCCAGCGCACGAGUCCUCCACCACCUUCUGCUCGGUCUCGGGUUUCGGUCUUGACGGGGAUUGCGGGAACCAUGGACCGGCCGGGGUUCACUGCCUCGCUGGUGGCUGGAGGAGUAGCAGGUACCUCAGUUGACUUGAUAUUAUUUCCUCUGGAUACCAUUAAAACCAGGCUUCAGAGUCCUCAGGGAUUCAAUAAGGCUGGUGGCUUUCGUGGGAUAUAUGCUGGUGUCCCUUCUACUGCUAUUGGAUCCUUUCCUAAUGCUGCUGCAUUUUUCCUCACAUAUGAAUAUGUGAAGUGGUUUUUGCAUACUGAUUCAACUUCCUGUUUCAUGCCUGUGAAGCAUAUGUUGGCUGCCUCUGCUGGAGAAGUGGUUGCCUGCCUGAUUAGAGUCCCUUCUGAAGUGGUCAAGCAGAGGGCACAGGUCUCAGCUUCGUCAAGGACAUCACAGGUUUUCUCUAACAUCUUGUAUGAAGAGGGUAUCCAGGGAUUGUACCGAGGCUAUAAAAGCACAGUUUUAAGAGAGAUUCCUUUCUCUUUGGUCCAGUUUCCCUUGUGGGAGUCCUUAAAAGCCCUCUGGUCCUGGCGGCAGGAUCGUGUGGUGGAUUCUUGGCAGUCAGCAGUCUGUGGAGCUUUUGCAGGUGGCUUUGCAGCUGUUGUCACCACCCCUCUGGAUGUGGCAAAGACAAGAAUUAUGCUGGCAAAGGCUGGCUCCAGUGCUGCUAGUGGGAACGUGCUCUCUGCACUGCAUGGAGUCUGGCGGACAGAGGGACUGACAGGAUUAUUUGCAGGUGUCUUCCCGCGAAUGGCAGCCAUCAGCCUGGGAGGUUUCAUCUUUCUGGGUGUUUAUGACCAGACCCGCAGCUUGCUGUUACAAGUGAGCAGAAAGAGCCCGUGACGCAGGGGCAUAGCUCGCAUGCUUCCGUGGAAAGGGUGUGCUGCAGACCUGCCUUUCGCUGAGUGAGUGGCUGUAAAUCCCAGUGCCGCUAAGACUGUGACACUGAGCGAGUCAUCCACGGGGACGUCUGGGGUUGUCAGCAGCCAACUAACUGCCAGAAUGAGGAAACAUGGCCAUGGCGGAGCCCUGAGACCCCUCCACCUCCUCAAUAAACACACUUGCUACUGCUGCGGCCA